AUGACUGGGAGUGCUGUGCCUGAGCAAAAAGCUGCAGAGGCAGAGGUUAUUUUGGGGGUAGACAGCACCGGUGAGGGGAACGCUGCCCCUGAAAGCUCCAAAGCUGUUCCCGAAACAGAGGCAGCUCAAAUUACAGAAACCACCGCCGCCCCUCAGGAAACAACGACUGUAGUUGUGCCUGAAGUCGCACCAGAAGAAGCCAACAUCAAACAUGAGGCCGAGGCAGAGAUUGACAACCCCGGGGUCAAAGAUCACCCUGCAGGGGAAACUAGGGCAACGGGAAGAGCUUCAGUCUCCAAGGGUCAAGGAGCUAAACCAACCAAACAUGACUGUGGACCAUCAGGAGUACCAAAUGGACAAUGGAUGAAAAUCCCUAGACCUGAUUAUAUCGCAGGUGCUGGAGCAUCUAUGGGCACAAACACCAAAGGUUUUAGCACAGGAAGCCAAAUGUUCCCUGGACUCGGCAAUGGAUACGGAGCAGGUUACGGACAAGGAGGCUACCUUGGAGCUGGAUAUGGGAAUGGACAUCCAUUUGGAGGUUAUGCAAAUGGCUACGGUGCAGGUGUACAGCCUGACUAUGCAAGCCUUGGACAAGGUGUGCCUGUUCCUGAUGGCAAAUCAGGUAUUGGCAUCGGUGGGCUGCAGUUUUCUGGGCAGCCUGUCGGUACGGGAAUUAAUCGUGCAGGAAAGUAUGGUUAUGGAUUUAGCCCCUAUGGUGCUGCAGGUGACGGAAAGCCGUUUGGAAAAUAUGGAUAUGGAGGGUUCCCCAAUGGUGGACAACUACUUGGCCUUGGCAAUGCUGGAAAUACAGCUGGUAAAUAUGGUUAUGGAAGGCUGCCUUAUGAAGCUCAACCAGCUGGACUGGGCCCUGAAACAAAAUCUACUGGUCUGGCUGUGUCACAAUAUCAGCCUGACCCACUCGGGCUUGGACAUAAUGUGAAAGGAAAAUAUGGUGGCGCUGAGGUUCCCUAUGCACCACAGGCUGUUGGUUUUGGUGGUGAAGCUAAAUCUUCUGGGAAAUAUGCAGAUAAUCAGGGAGCUUACCAGUCACAGCCUCUUGAAACUGCAGCUGAAGGUGCAGCAGGUUUAACUUAUGAGCCCCAGCCCCUUGAGUCCUAUUCAGCUAGAAAAUCCUACGUGAAAGGAGAGGUGCCCACUCCAGGGCCUGCAGCUGAAGGCGUGGGGAGGUUCAUUGAUGGAUAUGAAAACCUGGGCUACAUAAAUGGCCGAGUGCAACCACAAGCCCCCACCCCCAGCCCCAACCUGGCCUAUCCGUCUGUCCCCUCCCGUCUCCCUGCAGAGUCCUCAUUCACAGCUGACGCGAUGCCCGGUGAUGUUCGGCACUUCCCCAAUCUAGAAGGGACAGCCGGCCUCACCCUCGACUCACCACCUGCUACAGAAACAGAGGGUACGGCUCAGGUGUCCGAGCAACCCGACGACCUGCCGCGUCAGAUACACAUCCAGCAGCAUCUCAAACUGCAUUUUCAGCCACAAGGAGCAAAGGACAGCAAAUAUGAUCUGAAUGGCUUCUUUGGGGAUAGUGGGCAUCAAGGUUAACUCUACUGAGAACAACAAAUUGAAUCUCUCUUAAUUGUUGUUGUUGUAUGUGAUAUAAUAUGAUAGUGAUAAUUUGGUGUCUUGUUUAGUUUUGUCCUUCACAUUUUUGUCCCGUGUUUCCUGUUAUCCUUACAACCAAAAUGUAAUUUUGUUUAGCAUUUGUAAUAACCCCUCUCAGAUUAGUUGAAAUAUUUCUAAAAACAAUAACUCCAUCUAAUUUAUUUUAUAUGAGAAAUUCUUUUUUACUACUUGUGGCAAUCAUGUGUUUGUUAUUGUACAGUAUUUGAGUAAUUAAAACUA